GGAAAUUCUGUGGGAGCAACAACGGUAUGGCGGACGAUUUUACUUGCCAAGUCAAGAAGAUGGCCUUGGCCAUGGGGGCAACCCUGACUGACAAGGAUAUUGACCUGCUGCCUUCAGACAUGAGGCAUCAUGCUUCAUUCAACUACACCAAGUUCUUUGACUACAUGCGGAAGUUUCUGACAUCAGACGACCGGGAGAUACACUUGCGAAAGGCCUUCCAAGUGCUUGACAAGGAUGGGAGUGGAUUCAUUGAGUGGAAUGAAAUAAAGUACAUCUUACAAACAGUGCCCAGCAAUAUUCCAGUGGUGCCCUUAUCAGAUGAAGAGGCUGAAGCCAUUAUCCAAGCAGCUGACACAGAUGGGGACGGCCGGAUUGAUUUUGAAGAGUUUUCAGAUAUGGUCACAAAGGAAAAGGUUCCAAAGAAAAAGUAGAAGAGACCAAGAAGAACGGCCUCCCAUUUCCCUACGCAAGAAUGCUGUGCUGGGGGUGGGACGAUGGAACUUACCUGUCUAUGAUCAUGUUGCUCUCUUUGAAAGAUCUCUCCCUAUUAUUAAUAUUUUCGCAGGAUGCAGUGGGUAGGUGGGGGAAUCUGCAGCUUG